AUGGGUCAUUCGAGAUUUGGAGGGGUAGCACAUGACCAACUUGCGCGCGCGGGGGGAAACUUGGAGGGAACUCUUGACAGCAUCACCACCGUGGAACGAAAGGUUCGACUGACAUUUAUGGUAAAUUUUGGGGGUCUAGAAUUUUCGAAGAUGAUGCUGUCUCGUCGUGCGUGCUACAAGUGUGGCAACAUUGGCCAUUAUGCUGAGCUACCCCGCCACGCCCCUAGAGGUCUGCUCUUCCUCGGAGCGUCUCUGCUACAACUGCAAGCAGCCCGGUAUGUUGUGACGUUGACCCACAUGAAAUCGACCACUCGUCUCAUCACUGGGAAACAUCCAGGCCACGAGUCCAGCGCGUGCCCUCAGCCUCGUACCACCGAGAGUAAGGCACCCCUCCAUUUCACACUCUCCUCCGUCCGAUUCGCACAAACCGAGCCGCGAGAGGCAAUCGAUGCCAACGAAGAUGCUGACUCGCUGCUAGCCAAGCAGUGCUACAACUGCCAGGGUCUCGGCCACGUUCAGGCUGACUGCCCGACCCUCCGCCUGAAUGGCGGUGCCAACGGUCGCUGCUACAACUGCAACCAGCCCGGUCAUCUUGCCCGCAACUGCACCAACCCUGCUGCCCCCGGCGCUGGCCGCCCGGCUGGCCCUCGCGGCGGUUUCCAAGGCUACCGCGGUGGCUUCAACAACGGCUACCCUCGUGCCGCGACCUGCUACAAGUGCGGUGGCCCCAACCACUUCGCCCGUGAUUGCCAGGCUCAGGCCAUGAAGUGCUACGCCUGCGGCAAGCUGGGCCACAUCUCUCGCGAUUGUACCGCUCCCAACGGUGGGCCUUUGAGCUCCGCCGGCAAGGUCUGCUACAAGUGUGCCCAGGCCGGUCACAUCUCCCGUGACUGCCCGACCAACGCCGAGAACGCUUCGGCCACCGUGACUGCUCCUGCUCCUGCCGCCGCCGAUUCUGCUGUCGUCGCGGCCGCCACAGCCCCUACUGCGCCCGCUGUCCCUGCCUCCGCCCCCGCCGCCGAGACCAACGCCGCGGCUGCUCCCAUUGCUGCAGCUGCAGCUGCAGCCCCUACCCCUGCUGCCGCCUAA